UUGCGUUUGCAACAGAGAGAUCAGAUCUUCCUCGUUUGGUAUCUGCUGCAAUUAGAGCUUCUGAUUCGCAGAAUGUUUCUGAUUUUGAACGUUGCUUUGAUGUUCUUCGACACAUGAAGAGUUUGAAUCUCUCGGUCAAAGAUCUUUCCCAUUCUAAAGUGAUACUUCCUUUGGAGAGUCUAAGGGAUCACGACAACCCUAAGAUACGAAUGGAAACUAACUUAUUGUUCAACUCUUGGAUGAAGACUCUUUAUUCCAGUGGACGAAACUCUUCUACUUGCAACAAAGCUAUUCCCCUGAAACUGAAGAAAGUUGAUGUUGUUAAAGUGUGUUCGGAGUUGAAGAAGAAGAAAGAAGAUCAGCUAUCUCAUGGCUUUGCGGUUAAUAGUAAGCUGAAAGAGACUGGUUUUUGUGGGAUGAAGAAGAACGAAGAUGAGAGUUCUAGGAUUCAUGAAACCGGAGAGGUGAGACAAACUGGUGAUUGCAAGUCUUUUGGAUUGAUGAGGACUAUCCAGAAGAAGAAGCAAUCAUCGGCUCUACCAAUGAAAGUUUCUGGAAACCCUAGCUCCGGGGCUCGUGAAACGAUAGUGAUUAAGAAAUUUUUGAAGAAACCUGACUUUUGCAAGUCUCUUCCACCAACAUCAAGGCCUCCUCUCAAGUUGAAGAAGCAUCAACCGGUGAAAGCAUUUGAAAACUCUAAAAAUUGUCCUUUUGUCAAGACGAACUCAACGGAGAUGUUGGAGCUGUUCGAUAUGGCCAAGAAGUCAGCUGAUGUUGCCAAUGCAAAGGGAAUUCUCGCGGCUAAAGAAGAGGCAUCAAUCUGCGUAGACACUCUCUCUUUACUCAUGGAAUUCCCCAUCAUCUCAACAGCUACUGAAACAAGGCAAAUCAUGGUGAAGCUUGAGCGUCUCACAAAGCACAAAGAUAGAAAGAUAUGCAAUUCCGCAUUAGCACUUCUUCACCAUUGGAGGCAGAACAUUAGAGAUCAAGAACACUGAGUAGUGUCAUCAGAUAAUCUGCGGAAGACAAGGGAUGAAAAUUAGUAGGAUUGUGACUUGAAAGUUUUGGUUGUUUAUUCGUUUUGUAAACUAGAGUAGUGUAGUUUCCAAUUAUUAAAUUCCAUUACAUAAAAGCAAACAAUGUUAUGAGUUAAUGAGUUGUGAAUAUAUUAUAUAAGGAUUUUCAUAAUCUCU